CAAUGCCUAUUAUCAUCUCAACCUGUUUCCCUUGAACCCGACCGUCCGUCGAGCGCUGGGCAUUGAUUAUUUCAGUGACACAGUGUUACUUCAACAAAUUGUCUUUGUUAUUCGGCUACACGUAAUUCAAUUUCCGUAAGAGAUAAGAAUGACUUCUUUAACUAGAUAACGUGGCCAAAGUCGCACCUGCGUGGCAAGUAGUCGAUUUGUAGUCAAUUGUCUGUCUCAAGUGUAACACUGCGAUGGCGGAGGGUUCUGAGUUAAGUUUUUUUGAUUUGAGGCUGGUGCACGAUCACUUUGAUCGUGCUAUGAUCGAGGACGACGAUAUAGAUCUCAAAGCCUACCUGGAAGCCUAUCAUGAACUCUAUAAGUUUUUCCAGCUGAUGGGUAGCGUAUUCAGUUUCGUAUCCUCAGAUUUAAAGCAAAAGAUUGAGAUCCUAACAGAAUUUAUGUCCAAAGACGAACAGAAUUAUAUCACAGUUAAAUCUAUGAUAUUAUACGAGAAGGAGAACAAUAUUCUAAACAAGGGAGACUAUACGAACGGUGCUCGUACGCUGUUGAGGCUUCAUAGAGGAUUAGAUUUUAUUAGGGAAUUUUUAAGGCAACUAGGUGAUCUAUCCGACACCGAUAAAACCUCCACAUCUUGCCAGGACGCGUACGGCAAGACCUUAGCCAAGCAUCAUCCUUGGAUGAUUAGAAAGGCAGCUGUAGUUGCCAUGUACACUAUGCCCACCAGGGAUGUUUUAUUCAAAAAGGUUUGCGGAGCCGAGGUCCAAAGAAACGUGGACGUUCUGCCCAAGAUGCUCGAGGUCACCGAGGAAGUGUUCAAUCGCACCAACAACAUUUACGAUAUUCAUCAGCUUCACAACUUGCCAUAAGAUUAAAGAAAAAGCUGAUUUAUUACGAUCGUGGUGGGGAAAAAACGCUGCACUUGCUUCACGAAGCUGCUCGAAAAGGCACGAACACUCCGAUGUCGAAAAUAUUGUGAUACGCGGAAUUUUAUAACGGUACGGCACGACCUUGCCAACCUUUUAUACUACACUUUACUUAUCAUUUACACUUUACACCGUUAAUUAUGUAUAGUUUCUGAUAUUGUACAAAAUGCACUAGAUUAGGAUUUUAUUCUCGGUACAUUCCGUAGUUUUAAUUUUCAUUGAAUUUUACAUCUAUAGAAUCCGUGUGAAAUCGACGCCAAACGAUUCGGUGCAGUCUUAUUUAACAAUUAAAUGUUCUUAUUGGAAAUCAGUAUUGUACAAGAUCGUCAAUGGAUAUGUUAGUGAGAAGAGCCAGCCUGUUUCUUUAUCCUUCGGUAUUUACACGAGCUAUUUUUAACAAUAAAACUAAACACCUCCUUUA